AUGACCAGCCCUAGAAAAGACGCCAGCCAGUAUUCGUACGCGACAUUAAACGGCCUAAAUGGUCUAAUGGGCGCAAAUGGCUUGGACUACGCCUCCCAGAACGUCUCGCCGAACGAAAUGAUGGGAUCAACUGGUGUGUCGCAAGGAUCCUCGUCAGCUGGGCCGAGCGGUUCGGGCGGGCCGGGCCCCAUCAAGGGCGCCCGGACUAGCCGGCCGACUCUCCAGCCCGGGCAGCAUCCGUACGCGAGACCGAAAGGUGGCCAUAACCACUAA